UGCCCGCGUCAUUAGCAUAAUUAUGCAGCCGCACACCGGGAGGUUUCACAGUGAAAACAAACGCCCCUCGGCCCCGCGGAGCAGGCGUACAGGUGAGGGCCCAGCAGAGCUGAGUCGACAGUCAAACAUGAGGUCAAACAUGUUGCCUGUGGUGCUGGUGGCGGUGUGUUUUCUCGGUGUGUGUGCUCUGUCACAUGUGGAGGAGAUGAAGAGCCAGGAGCGGUUGUUCCUCAGCUCUCUGGGGCUCUCCGGGCGGCCCCGGCCCGCAGGAAGCCACCAACCCCGGCGACGCGUCCCCUCCCCGCUCUGGAGGAUGUUCCGGAGGUCCGAGAACAUCCAGGCCCAGGAGAGCGACCCCUGCACGGUGUCUGAGUACGGAGUCCGCGGUAACAUCAUCCGAUACGUACAAGACCAAGGCAGGCUGCUGUCUGGCUGGAGCAGCAGCUGUCAGGCGUGUCUGGAGAAGCAGCUUUUCUUCAACAUGUCUGUCCUGCAGCCUGUGGAGCUGCUGUCUCUGGCUCAGCUGGAAGUCAAGUUCCACUGGAAUCUCUUCAGCUCUGCAGAGCUCCUGCAGGGGCCCCGGGCCCUCAGUGUGUCUCUGUAUAAAGUAAUCCGAGCUACACUGAGGGGAGCCAAUCCUCAAGCCAACCGCAGACUCCUGCUGUCCCAGUCCGUCCAGCUGCAGCCUGAACCCACCUCCAUCACCAUGGACCUGACCUCGCUGGCAGAGAGCUGGCGCAAACCGGGACGUAACUACGGUUUGGCUUUAGAGCUGUUGCCUCUCAGUGCAGACCCAGAGGAGCUUCUUCCUUUUCACCCUGGUAACUCUCUCUCAUUGGAACCAGCCUUCACCCUGCCUCUGAUCCAGGCCUCGCUGGUGGCCGUGUCUCUCAACCCCCACCAGUGUCGCUCCCGACAGAGGAGAAGCACCAUCCACCUCCCCGUGACGCCCAGCAACGUUUGCAAGGCUCGCCGCCUCUACAUCGACUUCAAAGACGUAGGCUGGCAGGACUGGAUCAUUGCUCCGCAGGGCUACAUGGCCAACUACUGCCACGGCGAGUGCCCGUUCCCUCUCAGCGAGAGCCUGAACGGCACCAACCACGCCAUCCUGCAGACCCUGGUUCACUCCCUGGACCCGCACGGCACGCCACAACCCUGCUGCGUCCCCAUCCGCCUCUCCCCGAUCUCCAUGCUCUACUACGACAACAACGACAACGUAGUGCUUCGGCAUUACCAGGACAUGGUGGUGGAUGAGUGUGGGUGUCGAUGAGGUUGGUGGACGUUUCAAAUAUCCACCAGUUCAUUUUUAGCUUCUUGGUCCAAGUUUAAGAGUCAAAGUUUUAAUGUCACUUAUUAUUGUUUGUGACGCUGUUUUCAACGUAAGAUGAAUUUUCUAUGUGGUUAAUGAUUCUAAAGAAUGUCAAACUAUUUGUAUUUGUCUUGUUUCUCAGGGACAUUUAGAAAUAUUUCUUAAUGUGAAGGUUGAUAUUAAUAAAAUUUGCAAUAAAGCCCCACUGAAGGACUGAA